AUGGUGCCCGUCGAUGCCCUUUACAUCGACACUUUAGGUUCACCAUUCCUUUCCUUCUACGAUUUGCUUAUGAUGAACACACUUUACGGGUGUUUGGGUAAGGCUCUGCGCACUGAAGAUAAUAUUUAUGCAGCUCUUAUUCCAGAUAAAUGCAGACAAAGGCAACGUUCACCUGAACAAAUUGAAAUCGAACGUUAUCCACCAUUUAUGGGCCCACGAGGUUUACCGGGCGGUUUUGGUGGUUUCGGUGGCCCACCUCCGGGUUUCAUUGGUGGGCUCAGUGCAGAUUUGACAACAGCUUUGGCGCUUUAG